GCAUUAUCUUUGACCCAUUUCCACAUUUCUCCAACGAUAAUAAAUAGUAUAAAUGUGUCAAUGGAACUAGAACAAUCAUUCUAACUUCCAUUACCGAAGAAAGAACAUUCGAAAUGUCCCGUUUUGCAGUCGUUGUGUUGUGCGCCAUGGCUUUCCUGGUCCAGGCUGUGCUUAGCCAGCAGUGCGGUUGCAACCAAAUCUCCUAUGGCAACUCCGGGGUCGCUCUCAGCGGAAUCAAGUCGAGUUCGUCCAGCAGCUACAGCAAGAGCGGGUCCAGCUACGGCUCCUCCGCGUCGUACGGCGGCUCGGGAACCGGGCAGGUGGGCGUGUCCGGCGACAUCGGCGCGAGCGGCACCACCUCCGUCGUCGGCUCCGUGCCCGUGCUCGGCUCCGUCACGUUCGGUGGCUGCGUGCCGGCGUGCGGCUCCGUGUCCAUCUCCGGACAGUGCGGAUGCGGUUGCAAAGCUUAA